AUGCUCGCUGAUGACUUGAAGCUCAGCAGUGACGAGGAGGAUGCUGACAAGGACCCUGAGCAGUCAGCCUCCUGGACUGGUAACAAUAGUCUGUCGGAGCAGCACACACACACACAUAGUGGGAGGGUGAGACGUUCAGGCUCAGACUCUUCAGGCUCAGACUCUUCAGGCUCAGACUCCUCCAGUGAGUCGGAGGAGGAGAGCAGUAGCCAGCGCCUUCGUAGCCCCAGCCCAGAAACACACUCCGAUCCUGGGACACCCACCGACGCUCAGUCCCUCGGCUGCACCGAGGAGGCAGAUCACCCCCCCACCACUCAGUGGCAGCUGGAUAAGUGGCUGAAGAAAGUCAGAAAAAAAUCCUCCUGGGAUCCCGGCAACCGUGAGCACACCCAGAGAGCUACAGAACACAGCUCGCCCUCCCCAGACCCUCACAGAGCCCCGUCUCCGGCCAGAUCCUGGGGGACCAGAGAGGACUACAGCCCCAGCCAGAGCCCUGUUCCCAGCCCACACUUCAACUACAGCCCCAGGCAUAGCCCUCGGCCUAGCCCUGGCUGCAGCCCCUGUCCCAGUCCUUGCCACAGCCCCAUCCCUAGCCCGGUCCCCAGUGUCUGUCUGAGCCCCUGCCUCAGCCCCAGAGCCAGCCGCAGCCCUAGCCCCAUACCCCGACACCCCCCUAAGAGUCCUAGUCCCAGCCUUACUCAGUCUAGCUCCCGUCACUAUCCUCAGGUUCGGAGUCUUCAUCAGGAAAGCUUCAGGCCUCUCACGCGGCCUAGCUUAACAUCCAGCCCGAGCCAUAGACCCAAAAUCAGGAUCGCACCUGCUCCCAGCAUUGAGUCCAAGAGCAAACUGAGGCACAGUUCCUCUCCCCAGCCUCCGCUUCAGCACAGCUCCAGGCCUAAACCCAAACAGAGCCAGUCUGUUCCCACUCCCAAGAACACAGCCAAGGCAGCCCCUGCUCUGAGCACUGAGCCGAGCCACAGACCCAGACCUAGUCCCAACUCCAGUCCCAGGCUUCAUUCUCAGCCUAAGUUGAAACACAACCCCACCCUAGCCCUCAAAACCAGCCAACAUCUAACAACCUCUGGACAAAGACCCAAGGAGAGUUGCAGACUCAGCCACAAUUCCAACUCCAAACCCAGGCCCAAGUUUGGGCCUAGUUUGACAACCAGCCUCAGUCCCAGUCCCAGUCCCACACCCAAGGCCAAGACCUUACCUCCCACAGACCCUAGCAGAGAGACCAGCAGCAGAGUUGGUCACAGUUCCAAAUCGAGUCCCAAGCCACGUUCUCGGCCGAUCUCCAAAGCUGGUUCUGGGCCUAGCUCUAGAUCCAGCCCCAGUCCUAGACCCAAAGUCAAAUCCCGGGAGAACCCUGCUCCCCACCCAAAGCCUCCACAGAGGAAGCCCCAAUCCAGGGAGAGAGAACGGGAGGUGGACAACCGGAGAGAGACCCAGGCAGCAGACAGGAAGGCAGACAGGCAGACAGAGGGAAGGGGGAAGGGUAAUGUAGAGAGACAGGGAGAGAGGCAGGGGGAGAAACAGGGAGAGAGAAGACUGGCAGAGGAUAAGUUGCUAAGACGCCCCUGGGUCCAGAGUUCAGAGGAGGAAGARGACGUAGAGGAGAGAAAGAGGAGGGAGGAGAGAGAGAGGGAGGAGAAGAGGAGGAGGAGGAAGGAGCAGCAGAGAGGGGAUUGGCAGGCGGUCCAGCCCAAGCAGAGACCUCACACCAACAGCGAGCGACACCGCAAUCCCAUUGAUCCACAACGCCACGGGACCAAGAAAAAGAGGAGGAGGAAGAGUGAGGAGGAAGAGAGAGAGUCUCAACCGGACCCUUCCCUUCCGCCGUCGCCCUCCUCCCCCACACCUGUCAUCCCUCCCACAGAUUCCUCUUCAUCAUCUUCCUCAUCAGAGUCCGACUCGGAGCCCAGUCUGCCUCCCAACGUCGCCAAAGUCCCAGCCGACUCCACGUCCAGCCAGCGUCCUAUCCCCAGGAGAGGGCACCAGGGCCCUGGGAGGCCUUCAGACAGUAGGCCAGGAGUGCUCUACCCCACUGCCACAUCCAACCAAGAGCACGGGCCGCAGAGCCAGGCAAAGCAGAAACUCUACACCUUGGUCCCGUUUGGGCGUAGUGAGCAGGCCCCAUCCUCACAUCGAGGCCUGAGGAAUCUGGUGGUGCAGUUAAACCUCUCCCUGCUCAGCAGAGUGCCUGAUACUACGACAGACACCCCAGCCUCUCACAAACACCCCUCCUCUUCCUCUUCCAAGCAAAAAGAGGCCAUGAGACACCUGUACACCCCAGAGACAGAGGGAGGAGACAGCAGGAGGAAACGGAAGACACAAUCGCCCACACAAGUCUACACUAAAGACGAGAGUACCCGAGUUAACUCCCACACCAACGGCCCCUCAGCCCACACAGAGUCUACAGCUAACAGAGAGAGUACCCGGAGUAACUCCCACACCAACGGCCCCUCAGCCCACACAGAGUCUACAGCUAACAGAUGUCUAGACCCCCACAAAGAUGCCAGACACAACAGGUUCUUGGAGGACUACCUAGACAGUAAGAGGCCACUGUCCCCCCUGUCCCCUCUCUCUGACACCCCGGACCCCACCAAGCCUCCCAUCAAAACACAGCCCCCAGUGCGGCACUACACAAACAGUGAGGUGCCCAGGACCCAUGCUAAGAUGGAGGUGGAGUGUGUAGGCGUGUCAGGGAAGCCCCCGCCCAUGUGUGAAUCCUGGGGACCUCCUUUACAACGGGCAGGGAGCCAGAGAGGAACUGUACUCAACCAUGAACCCCCACACCAUGCUGAGUACUACAUGCAUGAGGCCAAGAGAAUGAAGCACCGUGCAGAUGCCAUGGUGGAUAAGCUGGGGAAGGCAGUGAACUAUGUGGAUGCUGCUCUCUCCUUCAUGGAGUGUGGCAAAGCUAUGGAGGAGGGACCGCUGGAGGACAAGUCUCCCUACAGCAUGUACACAGAGACGGUAGAGCUCAUCAGGUAUGCCAUGAGGCUGAAGAACCACUCUGGUCCUGGGGCCAGACAGGAAGACAAACAGCUGGCCGUACUCUGUUUCCGGUGCCUUGCUCUCCUGUACUGGCAGAUGUUUCGUCUGAAGAAGGACCAAGCCAUGAAGUACUCCAAAGCUCUACUGGACUACUUUAAGAGUUCUCCCAAAGUGCCUACUACACCCCCCAUCUGGAGCGACUCGGGAAAGGGCACAGGGGGGCCUCCCUCCUCUCUCUCGCCCAGCCCCUCAGCCCUCCCCCUGGGCAGCUCCCCCUCUUCCCUCAUCAACAUUCCCCUGCGUAUCCACCAGAUGGCAGCAAACCACCUGAACAUCACCAACAAUGUCCUAUACAGCUACGAGUACUGGGAACUAGCAGAAAGCCUGGUCAGAGACAACAAUGAGUUCUUUAACUACCUGAAUACACUGUCAGGGCCAUUGACUCUCCACAGUAGUAUUGCUCAUGCAGUCCAGUACACCAGACAGGGUCUGCAGUGGAUACGCAUCAGUGCCAACGUGGGCUAGUGGCAGGAGGGAGAGAGGGAGACAACCCAUGUGAUUAUAAGUGGAGGAUUCCCCCUGCAUUCCACGUCGUCAGGAUUAUUAUUAUGCUUCAAUUCUCAGCAUGUACCGUAAAUGAUGGAUUGGAUUUAUACACAGUGGUGACUCUUUACCUUGUGCUUGAUCUUGAUUGGGGGAAGGUGUUGUUAUUCCUACAAUCAAGCAGAGCGAACUGUCUUGGUAUCUCUUUCCUCUUCCUGUUCGGAUUGUCAGUGCAGAUCUACAAAGUGCCACAUGGAUUUAAAGCCUUUAAACUUGCUGCUUUGCCAAAUGUGCCACGUGAUGAUGAAACAAACACAGGAACUGUCUAACAAGGACAUUUUAAGAGAAACAUGGCACAGUGCACCAGUGAGGACUUUAAGAUUCUUCUACUGUACAAAACAUAGACUGUAAAAGAUCAAGAGACCUGGAUUACAUUUCUGAAUACAAAGCAUUCAACCACAGUAAAACUCUAACUAGCCUCUGUUGCAAGAAGCCACUGUGGAAACCAGUGACCAUUUCCUCAAAAAGCCAAUUCCUGUCCACUGGGCAUAGACGCCAGUUCAAUGUCUAGUUUUGGUUGAGUUGUCUACUAACGUGAAUUCAACGUGAAUAAACAAAAAUGUCACCAUG